AUGUUACACAAGCUGAGCGUUUCCAAUCUAAUCUUUCUAUUAUUUUUAGUAGCUUCUUUUAUUCCAUGUAUUUUAGCUGGUAAGGACUAUUAUAAAAUUUUAGGCAUACCGAAGGAGGCCUCUGAGAAGGCAAUUAAAUCUGCUUAUAGACAAUUAUCUAAAAAAUAUCACCCUGAUAAGAACCAAAAUGAUGAAGAGGCACACAAUCAUUUUAUCGAAAUCGGUGAAGCCUACGAAGUUUUAAGUGAUCCUGAAAAGAGAAGAACCUACGAUCAAUUUGGUUCAGAUGCAUUCCAAAAUGGUGGACAAGGCCAAGGUGGUCCUGGCGGUCCUGGCGGUCCAGGUGGAUUCCAUGACCCAUUUGAUUUAUUCAACCAAAUGUUUGGUGGUAAUAAAGGUAACUUUGGGGGUUUUGGAGGUUUUGGCGGCGGAGGUUUCGCAGAUGAUCGUAGAAGAAAGGCGCAAUCCAUACAAGUUACUUAUCCUCUCUCUUUAAGAGAAUAUUUCACUGGUGCGAAUGUAAACUUCCAAAUGGAUUUCAAAGAUACAUGUGACCACUGCAAAGGUUCUGGUUCCGAAGAUGGCAAAGUUGAUAAAUGUAAAGAAUGUGGCGGCAAUGGUUUUGUUGUUCAAGUUAUUAGAAUGGGUCCAGUUACACAGCAGAUGCAUACUCAAUGUCCAAAAUGUCACGGUGCCGGUUCUACCAUAAAGAACCAUUGUAAAAAAUGCCACGGACAGAAACUGGUAACUAAAUCAAAAGAGAUCAAUGUCAAAGUCCCUGCAGGUGCCCCAAGGGACUUCCUAAAGAUCGUAGAAAAUGGUGGUGAUAAAGAAUUAAAUGCAGAAGCCGGAGAUUUGCUCGUCCAAUUCCAAGAAAUAGCGCAAAACAACUUAGGUUACAGAAGACGUGGUAACGACUUAUUCAGAACUGAAGCAUUGGUUUUCAAAGACGCUAUGGAAGGUGGAUGGAAUAGAACCAUCCCAUUCUUUGACCCAAAGAGGGAUGUCAAAAUCUCCAGAAAGCCCGGUAUCCCAGUUCUUAAUAAAGAAAUCGAAAAGUUGGUCGGUUUUGGCAUGCCAAUUCAAGGCAGCGACAGGUUUGGGGAUUUAUACAUUGAUUAUGUAAUUAUUGUGCCACAAAAUAAAAAAGCCGGAAGUCAUAAAUUCAACGAUGAACUUUAA